AUGGAUCGGCUCAAGACCAAGCGUAAAGUCCGACGCAGUCAGAAUACGAAGAUAAUCAACGAGAUAACGACCAUGCUCCAGUCCGUCGCCGUUGAUGCCUCUUCUCUCGAGAACCUGAGAGACAGACUGGUAACCAGCAACGAGGAACUCCGUAAAGUCAACGAGGAGAUCGAACCACACAUCAGCGAUAGUGACCUGGAGACAGACUACAUCACUGUCGCAGAAUAUGAAGACGAAGUGGCUAGGACCCUCAGCGAACUGCGCAACAAGAUCGCGCGGUUGCAGGCAACGCCAACCAUAUCCGCUACGGGAGCCGACGGCGACAGGGGCCACCCAUCCCAAGCUACGGGAGUGAAGCUCCCCAAACUGCAACUUCUACACUAUCAAGGGGAGCUCACGCAGUGGCAACCCUUCUGGGAGCAGUUCGACGCCUCAAUACAUCGGAACACCCAGCUCUCUGAUGGAGAAAAAUUCCAGUACCUGCGGUCGCUUCUGAAUGGGCCUGCCGCCAGUGCCGUUUCCGGGCUGCAGGCUACGGCAGCGUGCUACAGAGAUGCAAUAGAGAUACUUACUGAACGCUUUGGCGACAAGCAAAACAUUCAGCGGGAAUAUCUGGAACGGCUUCGAAACCUUCCAAUGGUAAAGUCAGUGCGUGAUGUCCAAGGACUGCGCAAUGUGUACGAUCACGUCCAGACAAACAUUCGCGGUUUGCGCUCCUUGGAUGUUUCAAGCGCGACGUACGCCACAAUGAUGGUGGACAUACUCCUGUCCAGUCUUCCAACGGACAUCGUUGUGGAUUACCAUCGACACAAAAGCUACGGAAUACCGCUUGUAGUUUCCGCAGGCAGAGAGGAGGGGGCUAGCACGUCUACGAUGGAGCAGUCAACGUCGCUGCAUCGACAACGGAUGCCGGUGAGGAGCUGGCUAAACUUUUGCGGUUUCUUCGCGUGGAAAUCGAGAGCAGAGAACGAUCAGCACCGCUCGAGAAAAGACCAGCGAGUGUGCCGAGGAUAG